AUGUAUUUAGACUCAGGUCCUCUUGAUCCAAAAACAGAAAAAGCCAUUAAGAAUAAAUGGGAAAAAAUUAUGGGGCCAGCCUAUGAAAUAGUAGUAGCACAGCUGACAAAGUUUCGUGAAGGUGGAGGUUUAGGAAUCAGUUUAGAAGGAACUGUAGAUGUGAUAGAUGGUAAAGAAGUAUGUCCACAUCAUUAUAUUCGAUCAAUUUUAGGUGAUGGACCAGUAGGAAUUAAUGGAAAACUUCAGAGUGGAGAUGAACUUUUAGAAAAGGAAAGAAAACAGAGCUAUAGAUCAGUGAUUUUCAAAGUAAGGUCUGUGAGAAUGAGCCCACAUGGUCUAAAUCAUAUUGAAGUUGUUUCUGUACUUAAAGAAUUGCCCAUUUAUGUUCGUAUGGUAUGUGCCAGAAGUCUUCAUCCAGGAAAUAGACAACCUCCGUCCUCAACAGUAAUUAAUCCUACAAUAGCUUAUCCAACAUUCCACAGUUCUGAUUUUGAUGCUACUUCAAUGCCUGAACUAAAUGGUAGAGAUGGAUUAACUGACAAUUAUGGAGGUAGUUUAACUUCACUUACUCCAAUUUCGGAUCGACUAGUCAAAGCAAAAUCUGAUGGAUCACUUGCGGUAGUUGCAUCUACAUCUCCUGAAUUGCCAUAUAAUAAAUUAAAGUCUCGAUCUCUAGAACCCUUAACUGGUUUAGCCAUGUGGAGUAGUGAGCCCCAGAUAAUUGAACUAGUCAAGGGCGACAGGGGUCUUGGAUUCAGUAUAUUGGAUUACCAGGAUCCUAUGAACCCUAAUGAAACUGUGAUUGUUAUCCGAAGUCUGGUACCAGGUGGUGUAGCUCAGCAAGAUGGACGUCUUAUACCUGGCGACCGACUGCUAUUUGUCAAUGACAUCAAUCUUGAGAAUGCUAGUCUAGAUACCGCUGUACAAGCUCUGAAGGGGGCACCAAAAGGGGUUGUACGCAUUGGAGUAGCCAAACCUCUUCCCCUGCCCGAGAGUACACAAAGUGGACAGGUGAGUGACACCUUUGUGUCUCGGGUGGAUGGGGGAAGGGGAUUGGUAGGAGCUCAAGAUUCUUGUAGAGCUCAACCAUCACUUGUAAAAUCAGAGAGUUUUUAA